AUUGGCAUUUAUAUAGGAUUCUUUCAUGUGAACUCGGCCCGAGCCCGACCAGUAGAGAUGUCGCUGGUGGACUACGCUUCUUCAGACGAAGACGAAGCAGAGAUUAAAGAAGAAGAGAGAGAAAACUUUGAAGCCCCAAAAGACGAAUCUCAAGUUCCAAAGCACGAUCAACCAACUCCACUGCCUCCUCAAACACAGAAAUCCUCAAAUGAACCACCUGGAAGCUCUUAUAUGUCAGAGCCUUCUGUUUUGAAGCUUCCUGAUGCCUCUCUCCUUUUAAAUGCUACUCAUAUGUCAUCUUCUCUGGUGAGUGGUUAUGACCACUCUUCUCGAGUUGCAGCUGCAAUGGCUGAAUGUGAAUCACGCAAAAGAGAAGCAAGUGAAUUAGCUUCUUCUGUACCCCGUGGUAAAGUUCCGAGGGGGGCCUUGCCCAAUUCAAGGAAUGUUCAAGAUACAGUUGGUGGUCUGCUAGUUCCACCCCAGCUUAGCGGAAGUUACUUCUUUGUUGUAGUUCAAAAGUGGGACUCUAUCAUAUGGACAUCAAAAAAUGCAUUUCUUAAUGAGAUAUUAGAGAAGUGUACAUGCAACCCUCCUCUAAGGAGCAACAUUGUCACGGAAGAUAUAGGCAAACUAUUUGUACGAAGAAAUGCUGACCCCUCGUCUCAUUAGAUCCUGAAAUUAGCAAUAGUUUCUUCAUGUGAAUGCAUCAAGGUCGCAAGGGUUUAGUCUGUCAAAAUUUAGCUCUAUAAUUUUUGUUCUUGUCAUCCUAGGUUAUCUUGGGAAGUUACAGGUGGUAAGUUUCUGAGUGAAUUGUUGUAUGGAGGUUGCAAAUGUGUGGCUAUGGUAGUCAAACUUGAGCUUUUCAGCUUUUGUUGUUUUGAGCCUUGGUGACAAAACUGGUUGAAUGAUUGGUUCGUAUCUAGUGUUGAAUAUUUCACUGAAGCACAAUAGGUUCAACGUCUUUUCAAAGUUGCUUGUAAAUCUCAUAACCUUCACAGGAAGGCCGAAUGGUAGUAAGUUCGGAAUACAAUUUUAUUCACCCACCAAAAUUGUUUUGA